AUGCCCAAGACAUUCCACAAGGUCGUGUACAAGCCGUCCGUCGAGUCCUCCGAGCUCUUCCAGGUCAUCGUCAACGGCGAGGAGUACAAGAAGUGGAAGGGCGGCGACACGACAAUUCCCCUCGCAGACGUCGUCGACGCCUUCCAGGUCUUCUCGACGGGCGCCGGCACGCAGGGCAUCAUGGGCAAGCCGAGCAAGCAGCAGCUCGACAACACCUUCAACACGCACAACGACACCGAGGUCGUGCAGAUCAUCCUCGAGAAGGGCGAGCUGCAGAACGCCACCGCAAAGGACGGUUACAGCUCCACCAACGACGGCAAGAUGGGCGGCAACCAGGUGUCGCAGGGCGGCGCGGCGCACGGCGGUCGCUAA